AUGAGUGUGAUUCUAUUAGCACUUCUACUUGAGAGGAAGAUACGACGCAGGCGAGAGACGAGGCACAUUUGUGAUGCAGAUCUGCGAAUAUUGAACCUAAAUGCCAGUUCUGGAGGAUCUGAGAGGGACAAUCUGAUAUUCUAUGCUUCUGAUGUCAACAGUGCAUUGCGCGAAAAAUAUGCCGAGGGAGAGAGAAACAAUUGGCUCCUUGCAAGCGAUGCUUAUCAUCAUUUUCCCUGGCUCAUGACGCCUGUGACAAAUCCCCAAAGCGUGCCGGAAAAUUCUUACAACAGAGCUCACAGGAAGUGCCAAUUGGACGCUGUGAAGUGCAUUGGUGUCGUGAAGAGUCGCUUCCGAUGCCUGAGCAGACAGAGAAGCAAGCAAAAGACACUGAUGUACUCUCCGGAGGCAACAGGGAAGCUCAUUAAAGCCUGCUGUGUGCUUCACAAUGUCAUGAUCCAGCACGAUUAUGUGCUGCCGAGUGAGGAGGAAGUCACGGAGGAGCUCGAGAGCCUGCCAGAGAGAACGGAAAAUAAUGCGCGAGCCAUAAAAGUCGAGGAGAGUGACGAGGACGCUGAAGAAAGGACACUUGUUCAAGCAGGAAGGAGUAUAAGAAGCCAGAUAAUAGUGACAAAUUUCUAG